AUGCCCAUACAUUCCCUCCUGACCCUCCCCCUCUCUCCCCCUGUCCCCCUGCAUCGAGCCAUCGGCAGCGAGUUCUUAGCGCGCGAGGACGCGGCUCUCUACUGGAAGUUCCUCGCCGCGUGGCCGCACGCGUCGCCCGAUGCCAACUCCUCCGCGCGCCCCGCUUCCGCCCCGCCGCGCCCGUCUGACGGCGACUGCCUGGACACGCUGCUGCGCGUCGCCUCGUCGUUCCUCGCGGCCCCCCUGGCGCCGCUGCUGCGCCUGGCGCUCGCCAUGCGCUCGCUCUCGCCCGCGCUGCUCCUGCACCGCCAGCUCGCGCGCCUCUCGCUCUCGCAGGCGGGGCUGCUGGGCCCACACAGCGCGCAGGGAGGAGCUGCGGAAGGGGAACAAGCGGGGUGGGGCGCAGGGGGGGGCGAUGGGGGCGAGCGCUGGAGGGUGAGUGAGAACCCAGCGGCGCCCAAGGGUCACUGCUGCUGGGUGGAGCUGAAGGGGAAGGUGCUGCUGGGGGAGGCGGAAGUGGCAGCGGCACUGGCAUCAGUGCAGGCGGAGGGAAGCGCCGCUGCGGCCGCGCCAGCAGCAGAGCACGGGGCGACGGUGCAUGCCUUCGACCAUGUCUACCCCUCCUCCUCCGCCGCCGCUGCCUCGCACCACGCGCCUCCCCCCGCCUUCCUCUAUGCCAGCCCUGGCUCUGCCUGCUUCGCCGCCCUGCUGCCCCUCCUCUCCGCUGCUGCAGACCAGGGCGCCAUCCGCCUGGUGCUGCGGCCGGUGCUGCCAGCGGGCUGUGAGCAGCACGUGGGGCGCUGUGCGGCGGUGGGGGCGGGCGGGCGGGUGAGUCUGGGCGGGUACGGAGUGGAGCUGGCGCUGAAGAACAUGGAGUACAAGGCGCUCGACGACUCCCAACUCACCAAAGACAGUGCAGGGCAGGCAGCAGCAGAUGGGUCAGCGGAUGACUUGGCACAGCCAGUGAAGGGCUUUCUCUUUGACACCCUUGUGCAACGGUAUCCCGAGCAGACGGGAGAGCUGCUGACGUUUCGCGACCAGCUGCUGGCAGCAGAGGAGAUCCGAGACGAGUACAACGUGUGGGAGCUCAAAGACCUGGGCAUUCAGGCCACUCAGCGCAUUGUGGGGGGAGCAGAGCCGCUGCGGCUGAUGCAGGACAUCAACCAGAACUUCCCCAAAAUCAUGGCCUCCCUCGCCAAGACCAAGGUGGACAGCGGGGUGGAGGAGGCGGUGCAGGAGAUGCAUGGCAUGGUGCAGGCGGGGCGCACCAUCGUGGCGCUCAACAGCAUCGCAUUCAACCUCGCCACACUUGACAUCUUCACUCUGUUGGAAGCCGUGCAGGCCGAGCUGUCGCUUGGAGCACAGCUGCUCUCUCUCAAGCUGCCAGCGCCAGUGGUGCGGCAGCUGCUGCAUCUGCCACCAGCAUCAGCAGCGAGGGAGGAGGGGGGGUCGCUGCGGCUGGACUUCCGGUCGCCAUGGCAUGUGCACUUCUUCAACGACCUUGAGAGAGACCGCGAGUACCGCGGCUGGUCGCCCAACAUGCAUGAGCUGCUGAUGCCCAUGUAUCCAGGGCAGUUCCGUCCCAUCCGCAAGAACAUCUUCCAUGCUGUCUUCGUGCUCGACCCCAUGCACCCCUCCAUGCCCAAGGCAGUGGCGCACAUCCACAAGUUGCAUCGGGGCAGCAUGCCCCUCCGCAUGGGGCUCAUCCUCGCCUCCUCUGCGCGCCUCCUCUCCCUCAACGACCCCUCCGCCCCUCCGCCCCACCAUGACCUGUCGGAACUUGUGGGUGGCCCUGCUGCCCUCAUCCCUUUCACACUCCUGGCUCUCCUGUCUUCGCCCCUCCCUUUUCCGUCUCCCCUUCUCCGUCUCCCUCUCUCCCGCAGCUUCUGCUGCUCAGCCCCUCAGUCCCUUUGCCGUUUACACCUCCCUUCCUCCUUGCCCACCUGUUUGCUUAUGCCAUGGCUCUCUUCCUGCACAUCAAGGAGUCAGUUGGCGUCCGCCCCGCCUUCGACUUCCUCCUCUCGGUCAGCUCACUUGCCCGCCCUCCCCCACGCGUGCACGCUUCCUCGUCGCUACUUUGCCGUUGCCCCUCCCCUCCUUUCCCUCCUUUACUCGCUUGCUUCUGCAUCCCUCCUUCGUUUCUGUCCGUCACUGGCCCUCACUUGCCUCACGUCCUUGCUUGCCUGCACUGCCUUCUCUCGCCUCUUCCCCCUCACCCGCGCAUCGCCCUCCCCCCUUUGGACGCCUUUCCAUCAGAUGUGGGGAGGCAGUGCGUCGGACGAGUCAGUGGAUGACUACGAGGACGCCAUGGUCACGCUGCCGCUCCCGCAGUACACGCCGCCCGACCAGCCCACCAUGGAGGCCGCCUUCCUCCACACGCUCAGGUGGGCGUCGGAGAGAGGUGUGCUCAUGGCCCUCCACGCUUCCACUUCUCGUCUUCUCCCCGUAAUCUCCAUCUAUGCGCCCACCAGUGCGGCAGCAGCAGCGUCGCAGGGGAGAUCGCUGGGCAGUGAUGACGCCAGGAGGGCUGUGCUGGCAUCAGUGCUGGCAGGAAGGCAGCGGGUGGAGGGGGAACAGGUGGAGAGUGAGGAGGGCGGAGGGGAGCAGGGGGGAGCAGGGGGGGGAGGGGCGGCGGCAGCAGUGUGGGCGCAGGUGGUGGGCAGCUCUCGCUUUGUGUCGGGGCUGGGCCUCGCAGACGCCAUGCCAUGCCUGCUCUUCAAUGGUGUCUUCUACCCCUCACCCAAGGUGCCAGGGGGAGCACUGGAGGCGAUGCAGGAGGAGAUGGAGGCGGUGCAGAGGGCGGUGUACUACCAGCAGCUCAGAGGCUCCUCUGACGUCCUCGCCUUCUUCCUCUCCUCCGCUGCCAAGCGCUUCAACCCCGAGGUGGCCCUACCAGCGGGCAAGACAGCGCCGUACGUGUCGCUGGCGCCCCCCAUGGCUGCCGACAACCCUACCCUCGCCCGCCUCUCCUUCCUGCACUCGCCUGGCACGGAGGACGAGGUGAAGCCCUUCUCUCACCUGCUCGCGCUGGACCUCUCAUCGCACCAAGGGGUCGACCUGCUGCUGCAAGCCGUGCUGCACCUGGAGAGCGGGGAGGGCACGCAUGCCCGAGUGGCCGUUCUGCACAACCCCCUGCAUGCCCCCGCCAACGAUGAUGCGCGCCUGCCACCUCUCGCAUGGCGCCACCUCGUGCCGCGCCUCAUCAUGGCAGCCGUCCAGAUGCCCAGCCGCCGCAGCAAGCUCCCAGCCUUCCUGCAUCGCCUGCUGCAGCUGCCACUGCUCAGGGCCGUGGUCUCGCGGACACACACAGGCGUCGAGGAGGAGGGGUGGGCGGGCAAGGGGGAGGUGAACAGCGAGCAGGAGGGACAGGAGCUGCUGGCGUCAGCAUGGAGCGUUGCUGACGAGGCAGGGCUGAACAGGGCCGAGUUGGAGCGCGCUGUGACGGGCGCUGGUGCUGCAGAGGCUGCUGCUGCGCACAUGGCCCAGGAUCGACUUUUUGUGAAGCAGCACUGUGACGGCAGUCCAGGCAGCAGUGUCAUCAUCACCAAUGGCAGGCUGCUGGCACCGCAGCACCGCUUUGUGGCGGCGGACUUCGCCUUGCUGGAGGAAGUGGAGUCAAAGCGGGUCAAGGCAGCGCUCUCCGUGCUGCAGGACCUGCCCUCCUGGCCUCACCUCCCGCCCGACCUCCCUCUCAGUGAUCAUGUGUCGGGCAUGGCGAUGGUGGUGGCAUCAGCACUGUCAUCAGCGGAGAGGGCCAGCAGUGACUACGUGCAGUUCGCCCGCCUCACUGCCAGCCCCAGCAUCGGCAUCAUCCACAGCAACGAGUCGGCACUGCUGCACAUCGAUGGGGUGAUAGACCCGCUCAGUGCGGAGGCACAGCAGGUCACGCCACUGCUGCUGCUGCUGCACGAGUGGUUCAACCCCUCCCUGCGCGUCUUCAUGAACCCCCUCUCGUCCAUGUCCGAGUUCCCUCUCAAGAACUUCUACCGAUACGCCGCUCCCCACAAGGAGCUGGCAGAUGCAUCGGGAGUGCUGGCGGCGGGGGCGGAGGUGGAGUUCCUGAACAUGCCUCUCACGCGCACGCUCACUCUCAACCUCAAAGUGCCCGAGCCCUGGCUCGUGGAGCCGGCUGUAGCGGACCACGAUUUGGACAAUCUGGUGUUGGAGAAGGUGGCGGACCCCAGCGUUGUUGCUGUCUUUGAGCUCGAGGCGCUCAUGAUCACUGUGGCCCCACUACUCUCUGCUCAUACCUGUUUGCCCUCGCAACUCUCCCUCCCUCUCUCCACCACUCCACUGGCCCCACACCACCCACCAGGGCACUGCUACGAGGACUCAGACAUGCAGGAGCCGCCACGAGGCAUGCAGCUCGUGCUCGGCACGCCCCCGCCCAUCCCCUCCGCGCUCCUCAACCACUCCUCUGCCACCGCCACCGCCGCCGCCACCACCAACAGCGGGGCAGCAGGCCGGCCACAAGGCCUGGUGGUAUCAUCAGCGUUGGAGGACACGAUAGUGAUGGCCAACCUGGGCUACUUCCAGCUCAAGGCCGCGCCCGGCCUCUGGCUGCUGCAGCUCGCCCCCGGCCGCUCCCAGACCCUCUACCAGCUCGCAGGGGAGGGGGCGUUGGGGGGCGGUGGCAGUGGUGCAGAGGCAGGGGAGGGGGGUGGGGAUGAGGGGAUGGGGGCGGUGGGGGCGGUGGGGCGGGUGGCUAUGGACGUGGCGGUGAUGGACCUGCGUGGCAAGGUGGUGCAGCUGAGAGUGGUGAAGCGGGCGGGCAUGGAGGGCGAGAAGAUGCUGGAUGGCACAGGGGGGGAGGAUGGGGACGAGGAGCAGCAGGAGGAGCCAGCAGCGGCGGCAUCUCUCUUCGGGUCCUUCUUCCAGAAGCUCACGGGCAAGAAGCCUGCAGCACCCAGCAAGGGCGAGGCGGCGGGCGGCAACAGCACCAUCAACAUCUUCUCCAUCGCCAGCGGCCACCUGUACGAGCGGUUCACGCGCAUCAUGAUUCUCUCUGUGCUCAAGAACACGCGCCGCCCGGUCAAGUUCUGGUUCAUCAAGAACUACCUCUCGCCCUCCUUCAAGGAGGUGAUCCCGCACAUGGCGCGCGAGUACGGGUUUGAGUACGGGCUGAUCACGUACAAGUGGCCCUCGUGGCUGCACAAGCAGACGGAGAAGCAGCGCCUCAUCUGGGCCUACAAGAUCCUCUUCCUUGACGUCAUCUUCCCCCUCUCCCUCCAAAAGGUGAUAUUCGUGGACGCCGAUCAGGUGGUGCGGGAGGACAUGGGGCGGCUGUACGACAUGCCGCUGCACGGUCACCCGCUGGCCUACACGCCCAUGUGCGACAACAACCGUGACAUGGAGGGCUACAGGUUCUGGAAGCAGGGCUUCUGGAGGGACCAUUUGAGAGGAAAGCCGUACCACAUUAGCGCCCUGUACGUGGUGGAUCUGGUGCGCUUCAGGCGCAUGGCAGCGGGCGACACGCUGAGAGUGAUCUACGAGAGCCUCAGCAAGGACCCCAACUCCCUCGCCAACCUCGACCAGGACCUGCCCAACUACGCGCAGCACACGGUGCCGAUCCUGUCGCUACCGCAGGAGUGGCUGUGGUGUGAGUCGUGGUGUGGCAACGCCACCAAGGCACGUGCCAAGACCAUUGACCUCUGCAACAACCCCAUGACCAAGGAACCCAAGCUGCAGGGGGCGCGGCGCAUAGUGGCGGAGUGGGGGGCGCUGGACGAGGAGCAGCGGCGCUUCACAGAGAGAGUCACUCAAGGGGAGUUCGACGACCUCCCGCCCUCCGCGCCACGUGGCACGCUGCGAUUCGCGGGCUUCCACUCCGCCCCUCGACCAGAGGAGGGGCCUGUGGCCGAGGCAUUGGCAGAGGAAGGGGAGCAAGAAGUAGAGGAGAUGGAUGGAGUGAACGAGGGAGGACAGGAGAGAGAGGAGGGAGGGGAGGGAGGGGAGGAGGAGGCAGGGGAUUGGACGGGGUAUGAGGUGGACACAGCCUAUGAGGACUUGGAGGGGUUGGAGGAGAUUGCAGUGGAGGCUGUUGAUGGGGUGGAGGAGGGCGAGGAGGGUGGGGAGGAGGAGGAUGAGGAGGAGCUAGGGCAUGAGGAGUUGUGA